AUGAAUGCUCUAGGUCCUCUGAUUCUGGCCUUGGACUGUCCCUUAGUGUUUGGAUUCCUUGAGAAAGCCUGGUCUCCUGGCAAAAAACACUGGUGUCAGAUUGUUCUGUCAUUUUUAGACCCUCAUUUCCUGGUGUAUGCAUACAACAAAUCAGGAACAUUGUAUCCAGAUUCUUCAUUUAUAAAGCGCCAUUGCCUUUAUCAAGGAUACGCCGCAGAGGUUCCAAAAUCAGUUGUGACUCUUAGCACCUGUUCUGGACUCAGGGGAUUAUUGCUGUUGCAGAAUGUCAGUUAUGGCAUCGAGCCACUGGAAUCUGCAGCUGCAUAUGAGCAUAUGCUUUAUCAAACAAGGAAUAAUAAAAUUGAUUUUUCCCCUGUACAAGAAAAUUAUCCUACGCCCCAAGGUAGAUCGGUCCUACAGGAUUCUUGUGAAAUCGGAAACUGACAGAUCAUUGAAGCCUGUUUUCCUUGGGGAGUCUAUGAAAUGGGG